CGUCUUAGGUUAAUGCAGUGGAGAACUUAGCAACGGUUAGGAACUUAGUGCCGUAGAGAUUACAAUGAUUCUAAACACUGAUUCCUUUUGAUAGAAUAACGAUGAUUACAUUGAGUGCAAAUGUAAUCUGGAACUUUAUGAAAAUGGCGAUGUGUUUGAACAUGAUGCAAAAGUCAAGUGGUGCAAUGUUUAUAAAUAGGAGAGAACUUCUCAGAACACAUUUCGGCAGGAAUUACCACCAGACCGUGGAAGACUUUCUACAAUACACUCGCAUUUUUCAAUCAAUUCUCAGCCAAGCUGAAUAACUAUGAGGGAGAUUGUUCAUAUGCAAGCUGGACAGUGCGGGAACCAAAUUGGUGCCAAGUUUUGGGAAGUUAUUUCUGAUGAGCACGGUAUUGACCCGACGGGUACCUAUCACGGUGACUCUGACCUUCAGCUAGAGAGGAUCAAUGUUUACUUCAAUGAAGCAACAGGUGGCAAGUAUGUACCACGGUCUAUAUUAAUUGAUCUUGAACCGGGUACUAUGGAUUCUGUAAGAUCAGGACCUUUCGGUCAAAUCUUCCGCCCAGAUAAUUUUGUAUUUGGUCAAAGUGGCGCUGGUAACAACUGGGCGAAAGGCCAUUAUACAGAAGGAGCGGAACUUAUAGAUUCGGUGCUGGACGUCGUUCGGAAAGAGGCAGAAAGCUGCGACUGCAUACAAGGUUUCCAGCUGACACAUUCUUUAGGAGGCGGAACCGGUGCAGGACUUGGAACCUUGCUUAUUAGUAAGAUUCGUGAAGAGUACCCAGACCGCAUAAUGAACACUUUUUCUGUUGUUCCAUCUCCAAAGGUUUCCGACACUGUUGUAGAACCAUACAAUGCAACGCUAUCAGUUCACCAACUUGUGGAAAACACUGACGAAACCUACUGCAUUGAUAACGAGGCAUUGUACGACAUCUGCUUCCGGACACUGAAGCUGACCACUCCUACUUACGGUGAUUUGAAUCACUUAAUAUCAGCAACAAUGUCUGGUGUGACGACCUGCCUACGCUUUCCAGGUCAAUUAAAUGCCGAUUUACGAAAGAUUGCAGUGAAUAUGGUACCUUUUCCACGCCUUCAUUUCUUCAUGCCUGGAUUUGCUCCACUUACUUCUCGAGGAAGCCAACAAUAUCGAGCCCUAACCGUGCCCGAACUUACUCAACAGAUAUUCGAUGCUAAAAAUAUGAUGGCGGCCUGUGACCCAAGACAUGGACGCUAUCUGACAGUUAGCUCCAUUUUCCGGGGACGGAUGUCAAUGAAAGAAGUUGAUGAACAAAUGAUGAAUGUCCAAAACAAGAACAGCAGUUAUUUCGUCGAAUGGAUUCCGAAUAAUGUGAAAACAGCUGUCUGUGAUAUUCCGCCCAGAGGACUGAAGAUGUCUGCCACCUUCAUUGGAAACACAACAGCCAUUCAGGAACUUUUUAAAAGAGUUUCAGAGCAAUUUACAGGUAAGUUAAUGUUAAGUUGUGAAACGACUUGA